AUGACCGAUCCAGAAUCAAGAAGAAAACCUUUAAGUGUUAUAUAUGGCGAUAUUGGUACUUCGCCCUUAUAUGUGUUCACUGGAAUCUUCCCGGAACCGCCUACUGACUCUCGAGAUGUUUUUGGCGCUUUAUCUUUGAUCGUUUGGUCAUUAACGAUCGUGGUAUUGAUAAAGUAUGUUUUCAUAGUACUCCGAGCUGAUGAUUAUGGUGAAGGCGGCACGUUUGCUUUAUAUUCAUUAUUAAGUCGACAUUCUGGUAUAUCUGUGCGUGGCAAUGUGAAUUCUGAUGAAGAUUUGACGACUAUAAAGCAUGAAGAUAGCAUACCAAUUGACUCUGAGGGUCCAAACUUUAUUAAGCGCAGUAUUGGUGCGCAAACUGCUUUACUUGGUGUGGUCCUCCUUGGUUCUUCUUUAGUAAUGAGUGAUGGCCUUUUAACUCCUGCCAUAUCUGUAAUUUCCGCUGUUGAGGGUAUGGCCGUUAUUGCGCCAAAUUUAACACCCGCGAUUGUUCCCAUCAGCUGUGUUAUUAUCGUUGUAUUAUUUCUAUUACAACAAUUUGGCACCGGAAAAGUUGGAAAUUUAUUCGCUCCCAUUGUUUCUUUGUGGUUUAUUGCUCUCGCUUCCAUUGGCAUUUGGAACAUUUCUCAAAAUCCUGAUAUUCUUAGAGCCUACAGUCCUUAUUUUGCUUUUGAUUAUUUUAUUAGAAAGCAAGAUGCUGGGUUUACUGAUCUUGGUGGUGUUUUAUUGGCCGUCACUGGCGUCGAAGCACUAUUUGCAGACUUAGGACAUUUUAGUCAUACAGCCAUUCGGAUCUCUUUUCCAUUUUUUGUUUAUAUUCCUUUGGUUUUAGCUUAUACUGGCCAGGCUGCUCGUUUGGUUUUAGAUCCCACCGUAAUCUCCAAUACUUUUUGGCUGACCAUUCCUUCUGAUCCUGGCAUUUAUUGGACUGUAUUUGUUUUAGCUAUAUUAGCUACUAUAAUAGCAUCUCAGGCUAUGAUAUCUGCUACUUUUUCUUUGAUUUACCAAUCAAUGCAAUUAGAUUGUCUUCCGAGAGUUAAGGUUGUUCAUACAUCUGAAAAAGUUGAAGGUCAAAUUUACAUUCCAGAGAUCAAUUAUAUCUUAAUGGUCGUUAUCGUGUUUGUUUGUAUCGGCUUCCAACAUUCCGCAAACUUGACGAUUGCUUAUGGUGUAGCUGUUGCAUCUGUGAUGAUUAUUACAACAACUCUCUUAACAAUCGUAAUUCGCGUUGUUUGGCAUCGUCCUAUUAUUAUUUCAAUUAUAUUCUUUUGUAUUUUUUUCACUGUCGACGCUUCGUUUUUGGGUGCAACCUUACGAAAAGUCGUAUCUGGUGGUUGGUUUACACUGAGUGUUGCUAUACUUCUUACUAUUUUGAUGAGCAUAUGGAGAUGGGGUACUGUUCGUGUGUUAGAGCACGAACGUUCACAAACUCCUGAUCUUAAUAAACUUUUUAAAGAUGAAAAAAAUAGGAUAAAUGAGAAAAUUGAAAGUAAUAUAAACAAUGCAUCUCACGAAAUUAUUUUAGAAAAUAAUAAUGAGAUUAUUUUAGAAGGUGAUAACGAAAAUAUUUCAAUUAAUACCGGAACCCAUUUGACACGCUCGCCGGGUAUUGGCUUAUUCUAUAGCGAUAUUGGCGCCAAGAUUCCACUUUCUUUUACUCAAUUUGUAAAACACUUUCCAGUCAUGCCUCAAAAUGUUGUUUUUAUUAAUAUUCGAACUAUAGCUGAUCCAAAAGUUGGUAAUAGUGAUCGUUUAAGAGUGAAGAAAAUUAAAAAUUGUGAAGGUUGUUAUCAAGUAACUGCCAGAUAUGGUUAUACAGAACAAGUCUCACAAGGAAAAGAAUUUCUUUUACAAUUAGUUGAAGCAAUUAGAAAUAUUGAUCCUACUAACAAAACUUUAAUUCAUGAUUUUAAUCCUGAUAAUGGUUCUAUUGCAUAUGUUGUAGGACAACAAUCUCUUUGUGCUAAGCCUGAUACUCCAUGGUGGACAAGGAUUUUAAUUAAUAUUUAUAUGGUUAUAUAUCUUAAUACAAGAAAAUUCUAUAGUAAUUGGGAUAUUCCUGUUGAGAAUACUAUUGAAGUUGGUGUAAAGAUUUCGAUUUAA